AUGCCUUCAAGGGGACUUCGUCAAGGAGAUCCUCUUUCAUCUUAUCUGUUUCUUUUAUGUGCAGAUGGUUUCUCUUCUCUCAUUAACAAGCCUAUUAGAAGGCAAGCUAUGAGUGGGCUUUCAAUUUGCAGAGGCUGCCCUAUGAUAUCACAUCUCUUUUUUGCGGAUGACAGUUUGCUUUUCUGCAAGGUCAACAGCCAAGAAUGCCAGCAUCUAAUUGAUAUUCUCCGAUUGUAUGAGGCUGCUUCGGGUCAGAAAAUCAAUAUAGACAAAUCAUUGGUUUUAUUUAGUGCCAAUACUCCUGAGGAGAUGAAAGUUGAGACCUUGGAUAUUCUUGGGCCGAUGCAGGAUUCUCGGCAUAGUAAGUAUCUUGGUCUUCCCUCCAUCAUUGGCAAAUCAAAGAUGGAUGUAUUUGCAGAGAUCAAAGAAAGAGUUGCAAGGAAAUUGUUUGGAUGGAAGGAAAAAAUUCUUUCCAUAGGUGGUAGGGAGAUCUUGAUCAAAGCGGUGGCCGAAGUUAUUCCUACGUACACUAUGAGUUGUUUUCAGCUUCCUAAAGGGUUGUGUGAUGAGAUUGAAAGCAUGAUGAGAAGGUUUUGGUGGGGUCAACGGGGUCAGGAGUCCAAGAUUUCUUGGGUGAGCUGGAGGAAGUUAUGCAAUUCCAAGCUUAAAGGUGGGAUGGGUUUCAGAAAUCUCCAAGCGUUCAAUCUUGCCAUGCUAGCAAAGCAAGGUUGGAGGCUCCUUGAGAACCCAAACUCAUUAGUAGCUCGAAUUUAUAGAGCUAAGUACUAUCCCCAUGGUGAUGUUCUUAAAGCUGGUUUGGGGUCUAGUCCUUCCUUUUCUUGGAGAAGCAUAAUGCAGGGGCUAGAAGUUGUGAGGAAAGGAACGCGAUGGACACUUGGUAACGGAAGAUUGAUCCAUAUUUGGGAUGACAAGUGGCUGUCCACUCCCACAACGUAUAAGGUUGUUUCUCCUCCUCCUCAAAAUUUUGAUAAUUUUCCUAUGGUCUCAACUCUUAUUGAUUAUGAUUCCAGAAGAUGGAAAGUAGAUCUUUCAGAGACUCUUUUUCAUUCAAUUAUUGAUUGUGAAGUGGCUAGAAGAGUUUGGGACAAGUUGGAAGCAACUUUGGAUAUUUUGAGGAAUGGCACUAAUUGUGACUUGGAGAUUUUCUUUGGGGUUGCUUGGUCUGUUUGGUAUAAUAGGAAUCAAGUAGCCUUUGAAUCAAAGUGCCAAAUGCCGGAUCAGAUCUGGAGGUUUGCUAGGAGUUUUCUACAUGAUUAUAAAGGUGCUUUGGUGUCUUUAAACAUGAAUCCAGCAGAGAAGAAGAAAGGGUGGACUCCUCCAUCGCCUGGAGUUUUGAAGAUAAAUGUUGAUGGGGCAACAUCUAAGGAUGGACGAAACUCUAGUGUUGGUGCUGUUAUUCGGGAUUCGUGUGGUGCAGUUAUUGCAGCUUGUGGUAAAUUCCUGCAAGGUCAGUUUUCGGUUUCAGAGGUGGAAGCUGACCGUUGA